CACGCGACUACUUUGCGACUAUUUGUGGCCGAUAUUCGGUCACAUUGCAAGGAGAGAGAAAAAAAAAAAGGACUCUGUGCCCGCGCCCAUACACGCCCGACCGACCUCACACAGUCCAAACUCGCAAGACAGGGCCGCCACAAUGUCGUCGGAGAAGCCGCUCCCCUUCAUCUACCAGUUCGCGGCCGGCGCCGUGGCCGGAGUCUCCGAGAUCCUGGUUAUGUACCCGCUGGACGUGGUCAAGACCAGGAUUCAGCUGCAAACCGGGACUGGAGGCGGCGCCGAUGCCUACAACGGCACGCUGGACUGCUUCCGCAAGAUCAUCAAGCAUGAGGGCGUCUCGCGCCUGUACCGCGGCAUCAGCGCCCCGAUAUUGAUGGAGGCCCCCAAGCGCGCCACCAAGUUCGCCGCCAACGACGAGUGGGGCAAGUUCUACCGCAACCUGUUUGGCCAGGAGAAGAUGAACCAGAGCCUGUCGGUCCUGACGGGCGCCUCGGCCGGUGCCACCGAGUCCUUUGUCGUCGUCCCCUUCGAGCUGAUCAAGAUCCGUCUCCAGGACAAGGCCUCGGCCGCCAACUACAACGGCCCGGUCGAUGUCCUGAUGAAGACGGUCCGCAAAGAGGGAGUCCUUGCCCUAUACAACGGCCUGGAGUCGACCCUGUGGCGUCACAUCCUGUGGAAUGCCGGUUACUUUGGCUGCAUCUUCCAGGUCCGACAGUUGCUGCCCAAGGCCGAGACCAAGAAGGGCCAGAUGGGCAACGAUAUUCUUGCUGGCAGUGUCGGUGGAACUGUCGGAACGAUAGUUAACACGCCAAUGGAUGUCGUCAAGUCUCGUAUCCAGAACACGACCAAAGUCAGCGGCGUGGUGCCCAAGUACAACUGGGCCUGGCCUGCUCUCGGCACCGUCAUGAGGGAGGAGGGCUUCAGCGCCCUUUACAAGGGUUUCCUUCCCAAGGUUCUGCGACUUGGACCGGGAGGUGGCAUCCUGCUGGUCGUGUUUGGAGGCGUUAUGGACUUUUUCAGAAAUAUGAGGGACUCGGCUCCGGCAUAAAUCCGGCGCCUCAGGCCGCACCCAUCUCUGCGUUUUGUUGACUUGUUUUCCUUGAAUAGAAUGCUUGGCCUCUAUUGAUACACGCGCAUAGACCUAGUUCAUGUCCUACACGGCAGGGGGAGCAUAGUUGGAGAUGGAGUCUGUUGACUUGGCUGUGGUUAGAUACCCACGUACAUCAUUAUUGGAUGAAUUCAAGUGGUGCUUUCUUGGUUA